AUGGCUUCGUCAACCAAUUCGGACACCCUCUCUCUCCCUGGCCUCCAAGCAUAUUUGGAGAAACUUGGGCGGACCAGCACUCCGUCCAAGGGAGAUCUGGUCCUCGUAGUGCCGCGCCUCAGGAUAAAGGGCGUGAAACCGAACGAGUUGGCUAUUGAGCUGUCUUCCAAGUUCCCGACCCUCCUGCUGGUCAACCCUCCCCUCCCUCAGGAUAGCUAUCUCCAGUUCUUUUACUCGCCCAAGACCCUCCCUCGCCUAAUUCUUCCUUUCAUUCACGAGCGUAAGGAGUUGUACGGUAGGACCACGGCUCCUGGGCCCAAGAAAAAGGCCAUCGUCGAGUUUUCGUCGCCGAAUAUUGCCAAAGAGUUCCACGCCGGGCAUCUUCGCAGCACUAUCAUCGGUGCCUUUAUCGCCAAUCUCUACGAAAGCUCGGGCUGGGAUGUCGUGAGGAUCAACUAUCUCGGAGACUGGGGAAAGCAGUUUGGAUUGCUGGCUGUCGGCUGGGAGAAGUACGGCUCGGAGGAGCUCCUAAAGACCCAGCCGCUUAAACAUCUCCUUGACGUCUACGUCAAGAUCUACGCCGAUUUCGAACCCGAGAAGGCCGCUAGCAAGCAGGCCAGGGACGAAGGCCGAGACACGGCCGAGAUCGAGUCUCGCGGGCUCUUCGCGGCGCGUAAUGCCUUCUUCAAGCGUAUGGAGGACGGCGAACCGGAAGCCCUCGCCUUGUGGAAACGAUUCCGUGAUAUCAGCAUCGAGCGGUACAUUGACAUCUACGCUCGGUUGGGCAUCAAUUUUGAUGUAUAUGCUGGCGAAUCUCAGGUGGACCCGGCGACAGUGGCAGAAGUCGAGUCAAUCCUAAAGGAAAGGGGUGUUUACGAAGAGGGUCAAGGGUCGUGGAUGAUUGAUUUCGCAAAACAUGGGGCGAAGCACCUUGGGACUCCCAUCCUGCGUGGCCGGACGGGGACAACGACGUAUCUGUUGAGGGACGUCGCGGCCAUUUUGGACCGAGCAAAGCAAUAUUCGUUCGACGAGAUGAUCUACGUCGUCUCCUCGGAACAAGAUUUGUACUUUCAGCGCGUCUUCAAGACAGUCGAGCUGAUGGGAUACCCAGACCUUGCGGCGAAGCUGAAACAUGUCAACUUUGGUAAGGUGAUGGGCAUGUCUUCACGACUAGGGAAGGUUCAGCUGCUGAGCGACAUCCUAGACAAUUGUGGGAGUGCCAUGCACGACGUCAUGCGCACAAACGCUGUCAAGUACGCCCAGGUGGAAGACCCGGACGCCGUCGCCGACACGAUUGGGAUUACUGCUGUCAUGGUCCAGGACAUGUCCGGCAAGAGGAUCAACAACUAUCCGUUUGAUAUCAACCGAAUGACGUCGUUCGAAGGCGACACGGGACCCUAUCUACAGUACUGUCACGCCCGGCUCUCGUCCAUCUCCAGGAAAGCAAAGCUCGCUGGUAUCGACCCGGCUGAGGGUGAUAUCGAUUAUUCUUACUUGGAGGACGACCAUUCUGCUGCCCUGCUCCGGACCAUGGGCCAAUAUCCCGAUGUCAUCGGGCUCGCUUUCAAAAACCUGGAACCAUGGACGAUCUUGACGUAUUUGUUCCGUCUAGCUCACCAGCUCUCCUCGAGUUAUGAUGUGCUACAAGUAGUCGGGGCUCCAGAAGGGCCUGGAGCAGCUCUCGCCCGCGCGGCAUUGUACGAAAAUGCCCGACAGGUCCUAGGAAAUGGAAUGCAGUUGCUUGGUAUCAAGCCGGAUGUGAGGUUGGCUAGACCAGGUGUUCCUUUCUAA